AUGUGUGACCCGGAGUACAACUCAGCCCAGUCAACUAGCCCUAAAACGCAAACCCGCAGCGCAGUGAUCGCCACGUCCUCAGCCACUUCACGUUCCACGGUUUUGCUACAGACUUUCCGGGCUUGGGUGGUCGCCGACAAGAAGUGCGCAUACAUUCGAGGAUUAUUUGACAGCGGUAGUCAAAGUACCUUUGUGCGAGAGGAUCUUGUUCGCAGCUUGAACUUGCCCGUCCUGAGAGAGGAGGAACUCUCAAUAAGCACAUUUUCCAGUGAUAUGGGGAGGAAACCAGAGAGGCGACGAAUAGUGGAGCUCCAGAUACGAAGCCAGUAUGCCGAGGAGGUAAUAACUAUGGAAGCAAUCGAAAUGCCAGUUCUGUGUCAUGAUCUUCCAUCAGCUUCAGCAGAUGACCGUCACUUGAUUCUACUUCAGGAAGCUGGAGAACAUGUUGCUGACGUCGUAUCGUUCCCAGGCAUACCGCAAGUGAAGGGAAUUUCGGUCCUUAUUGGGUCGGAUCAAAUGUGGAAAUUGCUGAAAGGAGAGAUCCAACGUUACGGGCCAAACGAUGAAAUCGUUGCCAUCAACUCCAAACUAGGAUGGACGUUUCAGGGUCCGACUACCGAACGUUCGCUGAUCGCAAGGCAGGCCUGCAACUAUGUAUCUGUGCUUCGUGUGAGUACACUUUCUGAGGACCUGCGCUGUGACCAGCUUUUAGAACGAUUUUGCAGCCUGGAAGGAGUUGGAAUCGUCCACGAAGAUGAAUCUCCGUCGGCCGAAGGUCAUGCCGUUCUCGAAGAGUUCGAGAAAACACUGAAGAUGAGGGAUGGCAGGUAUGAGGUUCAGCUCCCGUGGAAACAGACAGAUUCGCCGUUGAACGACAACUUCGAGAUAGCUAAAACUAGGCUGAAGAAACUUGUGUUCCGACUGAACAAAGACAGACAUUUGAUCGAAGAGUACGACAAGGUUAUACGUGGAUAUCUUCUCAGUGGAUACGCAGAAGAAGUUCCCGUAUCCAACAAAGAACAGAACACUCGGGUUUUCUACAUGCCACACAGAGAAGUUUUCCGCGAAGCAUCUACAACAACCAAGUUGCGUGUAGUGUUCGACGCGUCGUCGCAUGGUCCUGGAAGUACAUCUUUAAAUGCCCACCUGGAAACUGGACCAAAGCUUCAAGCGGACAUGCAGGAUAUUCUAAUCAGGUUUAGGAUGCAUCAGAUCGCUAUGAUAGCGGAUAUCGAGAAAGCUUUCCUCCAGAUCAUGGUCCACGAGAGAGAUCGUGAUGCGCUACGAUAUCUUUGGUACCGCGACAUGCCCUUUCGUGCGAUGACGUCUAACGAGCUCUGCGUUCUCAGGAUGAGUCGGGUUCCCUUCGGAACGACCGCGAGUCCUUUCCUCCUGGCUGCAACGCUGCAUCACCACUUUCGUCACAUCACUGACGAUCUAAGGGACACCGCAAGCGACUUGUUAUCCUCAUUUUACGUGGACGACUUGGUAACAGGAGCUGAUAACGUUGAAGAAGCCACGAGGAUGCAUCGUCAGGCUUUGGCAGUCAUUGAACAGGCUGGAAUGCGCCUCAGAAAAUGGGCAUCGAAUGAACCCCAGUUAAAGUCUGUGUUCAAAAAGGGUGAGACUGACGAGUCGAUACAUCAGAAGGUACUUGGAAUUCCUUGGAAUACUGAAACUGACAGCUUGAUGCCUAAUUUAGAAGCCGUGAAAACGUUUGUGGCAACUUCACCAGUAACCAAAAGGAACAUACUCCAAGGCACCGCAAGACUGUUUGACCCUUUGGGAUUCCUCAAUCCAUUUACGUUCAGGGCCCGAUCCAUGUUUCAAGACCUAGGGAAGAAAAAGUUUGGAUGGGACGAAGAUAUCCCAUGUGAUGCUCAGCAGAAGUGGAGCGAAUGGUGUAAUGAAGUAUCUACAUUAUCAGCACUAGAGAUUCCCCGUUGCGUCGUUCCAGCGAAUGCAUCUGCGUUUCAAAUGCAUAUAUUUUGUGAUGCCAGUCCUCUUGGUUAUGGGGCAGUGGCUUACCUGAGAACCGCAAACACAAAGGGCGAGAUUUCAACGCAUUUAAUACUCUCAAAAACUCGUCUAGCACCUAUCAAGCAGCUCUCUCUUCCAAGACUAGAGCUUAUGGGAAUGCUUAUCGGAGCGAGAAUGCUCACUUACCUGUAG